UUACACACCAAGAUCCUCACAAUGCAAGAAGUCAUGUCAGUAACACUCUCAAGGUUCCUUUUGUUUGCUGCCGCAGCAUGGCUUGCUAGCAGCACUUGUGUGCAUGGACAUCAAUCGAAAUAUUAUUGUGUGCUGCCCUUUUACACUCGUGGUGCCACCCAAACAACGUACGGUGAUUUCAUUCACAAUCUUCGACAUGGGAUGGGAAGCCAGUCCACCAUCUAUGGCAUUCCCCAGCUCAAAGACGCGGCCAGUUGGGCAAAUGCUGAUCGAUAUGUUGAGGUCACACUCUACAAUUCGGCUGGGACAAGCAUCACUUUGGCGAUAGACAAAGUCAAUGUUUAUGUAAUUGGCUAUCGUAAUGGGUACGAGGCUUAUUUCUUUCCAGGUCAAGAUGGUCCAGAAACAUCUAAUGUGUUUGUAGGCACCACACGUUCCUUGCUUCCUUUCAAUUCUUCCUACUCGGCUCUGGAGAAAAGCGCAGGCACUACAAGAGGAAGUAUUAAUUUAGGAAUUGGGGAAUUAGAUAAAGCCAUACAGGCUCUUUAUGAUAAAAAAGACUCUGCUAUGGCUUCUUCCAUGCUCAUUGUCAUUCAGAUGAUCUCAGAUGCUGUACGAUCCAGGUACGUAGAGAAGCUUGUGCUGCAACACAUUUCAAAUGAUAAUAGUACAUCCGUGUUCCUACCGACUCCUGCCAUGAUCGCCUUUGAGGAUGACUGGAAAAACCUCUCCAAUAAAAUUACGAAUUCAGUUGGUGGUGUAAUCUAUCCUCCAUUUAUAUUGCCCACUGGUUCUAAUCAAGAUGUGUCUGUCACCUCAGUCUUCAUAACCUUCCGCUUAAAUAUUGGGGUCAUUCUUUUCUACUGUCAUCCAGCUAUAGCUAUUCCACCACCUUCCUCGGUUACUUGUCAAAACAUUCCAGAACCUACUGUCCUGAUCAGCGGCCGCAAUGGCUACUGUGUUGAUGUAGAAUCAAACUUUUUUAACGACGGAGACUCAAUAAUCUUGUAUGCAUGUAAGUCCGUUGACAAUGCAGCCAAUCAACUUUGGACAAUCAAGAGAGAUGGGAGCAUUCAAUCUGGUGGAAAGUGCUUGAACGCAAAGGGUCUUACAGCUGGACAGAACAUGACUAUCUACAACUGCUCAACAGCAACUGUUCCUGAUGCCAUCAAGUGGAACAUACAUGAUAAUGGCAACAUUGAAAAUCCCAAGUCCGGAUUAGCAUUGAGCGCUUUCAAGGGGAAUAUGUUCUCUGCGUUGACGGUGGAAAAGAAUACAUAUGCAUCAAGCCAGGGUUGGCGCCUCAGCAAUAGCACUAAACCUGUAGUGACCCCUGUUAUUGGCUACGAAAGUUUGUGUAUGCAAGCAUCUGCCAGUAAUACUGUGCAAAUGGUCGAGUGCAGUAACACGAAUGCGCAGAAAUGGGAACUUUAUCCGGAUGGUACUGUCCGACCUAAUAUUGCAACCUCGAGCUGCCUGACCUCAAAGUCCUCCCAAGAUGUUAAAACAGUGGUUCUUGAUUCGUGCGAUGGAGGUGAUGCUGAACGAUGGUUAUUUAAUUACGAUUACAGCAUUUCAGACGCGGCCAAUAAAUAUGUUCUGGAAGUUAAUAAACUUAAGAACAUAGUACUUGUUGAAUACUCUGCAGAUACGCCUACAGAUGAGCAGACUUGGUCUAUAAAUACUCUCUAGCUAGUGAAUCAGAGCUAUCUGGAUAAAGAAUCAAGACCACUGUAAUGAUCUUAAAUAGUAGACAAUAAACAAGUGAUGCUAUAUCACAUGUAAAAUUAAUAAGGUCUUGGAAUAAAUGAAGUUUAUCAUGAUCUA